AUCAGCAGGAGGGCGGGGGAGGAGAGGCGAGAGGAGAGUGGAUGGAGAGGGAGAGGGACCCGGAUGCUGAUGCGAGUGAGACGAAGGAAGGAAGAGGAGAGAGAAAAUAUCGAUUUACGGCAAGAAAGCCGAAGGGAGUAUAAUACAGGGGGCCUUUACCCUGCGUGAACUAUUAUCAAAAGCGACGAGGGGGAAUAACACAGUCGAUGAUAGUGCGGGUUGAUCUGCGGAUAUCUGUGUUUUUCUACCUGUGCAUCCGCCGGUGAGGGAGGAGGACACGCCAAAGGAGAGAGGAGAAGAUGCUGUGAUCCGCUAUACUUGCAGUGAUGUAGAGAGGGGGGAGACGGGGAGGGAGAGAGACAGGGAGGGGGAGGACUUCGCUAAAGAUGGUUGUUUUGUUAAGAAUACGCGUUUCACCUCGAGAUAUUGCGAGAGUGCGGCGGCUGUCUGAUAAAUCUAACCGUUUGGCGAUGCCCGGAAACUUCAGGAGGUGUCGGUUUUUUUGACAGGCGGCGCGAGCGAGACGGCCGUUGGUCCAGGCGUUGAAGCUAAAGCUAGCCUCGCUGCUGUGUGGGAGAGCGGCGGCGAGGCUAAAAUAGCACGUUAUUGCACCUGUAAAACAGGCCCAACACAGAGAAUAAAACGGAUUUAAUCAUCAGUGCUAACAUUUAAUUGACCUAUUUGACGUUUUGUCAUUGGCCUCAACCAGCAAAGGAUAUAAAUCUGCGCGUCAGACGUGAAACAGCUUGGCUGUUUUAAGGCUAAUAACGGCAUAACGUUUAGGUUUACUCUGCGAUAUUUUUCUUAUUAACCGUCAUUUAAAAUUAAUGUGAUACAUGUACGUUGUUCAUAUAAGCUAAUGUACAGGAGUGAACUCUUUAGUUUGCCUACCUUGUUUAUCUUUAGGGUAUUGGUCAGUAUUUAACGCAUAAGAACUUAAUGCCAUCUCAGUUUCUCUGCUUCUAUCAGCCACUAGCAAGCUGUUUUUUUUGGUAAAUAUCAACGUUGUACAUGUUUACUGUGCUUUUAAUCAAAAACGCAGAACUAUCUAGCUUUGUGUGUUAACCAGGUUUAGAUGAAGAAUGCUAAUUUAUCAUCCAGAUGUAGUAAAUCAGCACCAGUUUGACUUUUGCAUUUUUCACGUGUUCACCCUGUAACCUCAGGGUUGCAUUGUUAUCACUCAAAUAAAAGGUAGUCCUUCAAUACCUGUAUACGCUGUAUAAUAUCACAGUGAUUGCAAUAACCACUGUGCAGUAGUAGUAGUAGUGUGUUAGCCUCCAGAAAGAGCAGUAUGAGUAAGGAACUGUCUCUAAGUCAGUCAGCUCAGUAUGUUGGGCCCUACCGACUGGAGAAAACACUGGGGAAGGGACAGACAGGACUGGUCAAGCUCGGGGUCCAUUGCAUUACGGCUCAGAAGGUAGCGGUCAAAAUAGUCAACAGAGAGAAGCUGUCUGAGUCAGUACUGAUGAAGGUUGAGAGGGAGAUUGCCAUUCUGAAACUGAUUGAGCAUCCGCAUGUGUUGAAGCUGCAUGAUGUUUACGAGAAUAGCAAAUACCUGUACCUGGUGCUGGAGCAUGUGUCAGGAGGAGAGUUGUUUGACUACCUGGUGAAGAAGGGCCGGCUGACUCCGAAAGAGGCCAGGAAGUUCUUCAGGCAGAUCAUCUCUGCUUUGGAUUUCUGCCACAGUCAUUCCAUCUGUCACAGAGACCUGAAGCCUGAGAACUUGCUCCUGGAUGAAAAGAACAACAUCCGGAUUGCUGACUUUGGCAUGGCCUCCCUACAGGUGGGAGACAGUUUGUUAGAGACCAGCUGUGGAUCACCACAUUAUGCUUGCCCUGAAGUUAUACGCGGGGAGAAAUAUGAUGGGCGGAGAGCAGAUGUGUGGAGCUGUGGGGUCAUCCUGUUUGCUCUACUGGUGGGUGCCCUGCCCUUUGACCAUGACAAUUUACGGCAGCUCCUGGAGAAGGUGAAGAGCGGGGUGUUCCACAUGCCCCACUUCAUCCCGCCGGACUGCCAGUCCUUGCUCAAGGGCAUGAUUGAAGUCAACCCUGAAAAGAGGCUCACGCUAGAGGCCAUCCAGAAACAUGCCUGGUACCUGGGUGGUCGUAAUGAGCCGUGUCCAGAGCAGCCUCCUCCCAGGCGAGUGUUUGUGAGGCAAAUCUCGUCCCUGACUGAGCUGGACCCAGAUGUGUUGGACAGCAUGCACUCGCUGGGUUGUUUCCGAGACCGAGGCAAGCUCACGCGUGAUUUGCAGUGUGAAGAAGAAAACCAGGAGAAGAUGAUCUAUUACCUGCUGCUGGACAGGAAAGAGCGCUACCCCAGCUAUGAGGAUGAGGAUUUGCCACCGCGCAAUGACGUAGCAGACCCUCCUCGAAAGCGAGUGGACUCUCCGAUGCUGACGCGCCACGGCCGCUGUCGCCCUGAGAGGAAAAGCCUGGAGGUGCUGAGUGUUACCGAACAGGGGUCUCCUACCCCGCCUCGCAGGGCCCUGGACACAGCUGCACACAGCCAGAGGUCUCGCUCAGUCAGCGGAGCCUCAACCGGUCUCUCCUCCAGCCCUCUCAGCAGCCCCCGGUCCUAUCAAAGCCCCGUCUUCACUUUCAGCCAAUCAGACGUCACCUCUGCCACCGCCACCCUCCUCACAAAGGAGCCCAAACAGGGAAACGCCACCACUCCUCGCUCAGCACGGGCUCAUGACAAGCCCAAAGCUCCCCCCAACCCAAAGACCCAGACCCUGCCCACCAAGGGACCGGCAGACCGACCCCAUCUGCAGCCCAUCAAGUCCCUGCCUCUGCACAACCCAUCCUCCCGCUCACCCUCCCCUUCUCCGCUCCUGUCACCCAUCCCUCGUUUCUUCUUCCCCUCGUCCUCUGUCCUUAAGUCCGUGACUAAGAGCUUCUACCCAAACUCUGCCCACUGUGUGCCGCAGGUCACUCCCCAGGGUUCUCCGUUGCCCACACCCUUGGGCACCCCUGUCCACCACCCUCACCACCCCUCCUCCACCCCGCCCUCCUCCUCCUCGUCCUCAUCCUCCUCGCGGGCGGAGGGAGGGGGAGGGGUGGGCUCACUGUCCCUCACCCCACCCUCCAGCCCAGGAGGGGGAAGCGGCAUGGCGGCCAGCAGCUCUGCCCACUGGAGGACUCGCCUCAAUUCUUUCAAGAACAACCUGCUGGGCUCCCCCCGCUUCCAUCGCCGCAAACUGCAAGUUCCUACAUCAGAAGACAUGUCCAGUCUAACACCAGAAUCCAGCCCUGAGCUGGCUAAGAAGUCGUGGUUUGGGAACUUCAUCGGCUUGGAGAAAGAGGAGCAGAUCUUUGUGGUGAUCAGAGACAAACCUCUGAGUUCUGUCAAAGCCGACAUUGUCCACGCGUUCCUGUCUAUCCCGUCACUCAGUCACAGCGUUCUCUCUCAGACCAGCUUUCGGGCCGAAUACAAGUCCUCCGGCGGCCCCUCCGUCUUCCAGAAGCCCGUCAAGUUCCAGGUGGACAUCGCUUUCUCCGAAGGCGAGAGGGAGCGCGACCGGGAGAGGACCGAGAGGGAGGGCAGGAGGGAGACGGGAAUCUACAGCGUGACGUUCACCCUCAUUUCAGGUCCGAGUCGCAGGUUCAGACGAGUGGUGGAAACAAUUCAAGCCCAGCUUCUCAGCUCCCAUGAUCAACCCAUGGUGCAAGCCCUAUCUGAUCCCUUCCCAGAUGAGAAGAACGGCCGGCCCCACGGGACCCCCACCCGCCAAAACUCGAGGCGCUCCGAGGGUGGGGGCGACAGGUGCGAGUGGGGCGACCGAGCAGAUGGCGGAAGCAUAGGCGGCAGCGGGGGAGUUCUGCAGCGCAGAGGCUCGGCGAAAGAGAGAACCCGACUGCUGUCCUCCAAUGGAACCCAAUCCCAACCGUAGGAUAGAAAGUGAGACGGCGCAGCAGGAUGCCUGAACUACACCGGAGAGAAGACAGCGUAACGUCAUCUCCAAGUAUCUCUGCGAGCCAUGAGCUACUCCUAUUCUUCCUUGACUAAGUUAUUGAAGGUUUCUUGACCAGAAAGGAUUGAGCCUUUUCCCCGUCAUGCUUUUUUUUCUUCUUUUUUCUUCCCAACUCGAGAUUCUUUUGAUCUUCUGGAUCACCAGGAUUCCUACCUUUUAAAUGAGAACCAAGUGUUAAGGAAUCACCCUUUAAUGAAAACAAAAAUUAUAUGAAUGAGCAGUUUGCUAUCCAUCAUAGAUACAGCUUCACAGAUCAAACUAGGAACUUUUGAAGUGCUAAUGUGCAUGCCAGUUAGCAAAUCAGCCUGCUAAAGGAUGCUGAAAUGAUCAGAUAGGCUAGUCUACCAUAUCAUUGUAACACAGUAUCUGACACCAAAAAUAAUUAACAAGGCUUAUGAUGGUUCUCAAGAUUACUCUGAAAAUUAACCAGUGCACUCAUAUCAUCAUCAAGCAACAUGCAAUUACCAAUCCAUCCUGAAAGAAAUGUAGAUGUGUCUCAGCAGAUGAACCCUAAGAGUUAGCAACAUGAACAAACGGUCCUGAUUUUCUCAGGAGAAACUACAUCCUAGAAUUCCAGCAGUGUCUUCUCCUGAGGUAAAGAAAACCAACAAAGUAAGCUAAAGUAAGUGAAUGUGAAAGAAAAAGAAGAAUAUUUUUUUAUUUAGUUUGUAUCUAUUGUUUACAUAUUUCUUUGGAGGAUGUCAGUAGCAUAGUAGUGAUAACAGAGAAGGCGGUAACUGAAAAUACUCGUCGCAGAGGGAAAGCUGACCAGUUGCUUUUUUUUAAAAGGCAUUCGUUUAGAGUUAAAUGUUUUUAUUCUUUUGUAUUUUCUUUUUACUCAGAGACAAUAUUAAACAAUGCAUUUAGGAUUUUUUUUUCCCGCAUUGGACCCCUGUUGCUCUGGAGAAAAGUAUUUUUGAUUUGAACAGAAAUAUAAACAUAAUUAUAUGAAGAUAAAAAACACUAUGCGUGAAUAGUUCCAUGAAACUCAUCACAGCUGUUUGUGCCCAGAUUGGAUGAGAAGAGCAUUCCUGGCCUGUGGAUCAAACAGAAGCCACCUUUCUUGUCGAGCUUGUCUCCUAUUGCCAUAGUAUUCAUGUACUGACUCGGAACAAAACAACAAACAACAAACAAAAAAAAAAGGAAAUUCAUCAAUGGACAUUUUCGAAAUGCCGGACUUAAAAGUUUUGCGAUGUCGAUUCCUUGUUGAACCAGGACUUCAAAAAUGGGAAGCAAGCGAAGAGUCUCCUAACCCCAUGCUCCCAACGUCAGUGUUCACCAACAAGCCAAGUAGUCCAUCGCUGCACUCACGCUCGUCACCAGAGAGUCGCACCAUUCUGCAAGCAGACGUAGCAACUCGGGACAGUCACGUAUUACUCCAGCGCUCUGUCAGACUAGUCGAUGUUUUUCACCAGUCUUCCAUACAGCACAAUAUGCAACACAAGUGCAGAAGGUUUUCAGAGGGAUACACAGUGCUACAGUUAUGUUUAUUUUAAUUGUCACCUAUCCAUCUAUUUAUUUAUUUAUUUGUGUAUUUUUUUGUGGUUGCUAGUGCCAUGUAUUCAUUUACAAACAACAAAAAUAUAUCGAGAGCUAUUUCGAGUUAUAUUUAAUUUCUCAUUGUCACUUUUUUUUUUUUUUGAGUGCUUGUUCCCCAAGAAGAAGAAGGACUUCGAUAGCAGGACUGACAUGUUGCUCUCACCCGACUUCUCCGAUGAUCUUUGUUUAUACCUCACAUGUCUUUUAUCGCACUUAUCUCUGAGAACUGGAACGUGUGUGUGAGACGGGUGGAUGAUGACUGAGUGCGCUGAAAACUUUGCAGCAGAUGCAUUUUGAGCUGAUCACGUGCAGAGAUUUGGCCUGACCCAGGAAUAUUACAUCCACUAACAAAGCCAACAGGCGCAUCAUUUCUCUCACGCACAUUAAAUGCUUGCUAAUUCGCCUCAUCUCUUGGUUUCACGCCGUGCCCCUUCGCCCUGUCUGUUUGCCUCUUCACCCGUUGUGUAGCCAUCGUCACAAGAGGAACUGUACAAAGUUGUUUGCCACACCGUCCGUAUGCACUCUUUGAUUGCUCACCAUCACCAUUUUCAUCUCUCUCAUCACUGCAUCACCUUCACUUUCAUUGACCCAACUCUGGCUAAGAUUGUAAACUAUUCUCCAUUCAUAAGGGUCAGUAGAAUAAGGUGUUUAAAAAAAAAGAAAUGUCUGUAUCAUAAUUUAAAUAUAAAAAGUGCACUAUUAUAACUAUUGCCUGUGAUAAAAAGAACAAUUAUGAUUGAAUUGAUGGUCAAAAUAAAGAGAGAUCCACCUUA